AUCGUUUCGACUAUCAUUAGACCAGUCACCCAACAGCAUGGAUGAGAUUCUAGGUCCAGAACCCCCGGAGCAUCUCAACGAACCAUCCGAGCCCGAACAUGUCACCUUUGAUCUAAAGCGUGAGCUCGCUGAAAUGAUAGACGCCGACAAUCUACAUGGCGAGAUAUCCUCAUUCCACUAUCUCAUGCGUCCUAUUUUCGAAGGCCACCACGUUCUCGCCAUGGGCCCCUUCCACUCACGUCAUACCUUCUUGUUCAUCUGUAUCCUUAACCUUAUCAACACAUCCACUAACCGUAGCCCUACCACAUCAUCAUCGUUGUCACCAUUAUGUCAAUCUAUCGUCCUCACCUCCAGCCCUUCCUUCAGCUACGUACUUCACAAAAUCGCCAACAGAGUCGGCUCUCACUUCCACCCUCCCAUACACACCCACUGCUGCUUUCACAAUCGAACGACAGGUGCCCAAACCGAAGCCACGGAGUUAUCAACCUCUCCCCUCCCAGAAAUUGCAGUAGACACCCCGGGGCGAAUGCUUUACUACCUUCAGCGCGGGGCUCUUGAGUCACGGAAUCUAGGCAUUAUUGUGCUGGAUGGGGUAGAUGAGCCGUUUGAUAGGGGGUUUGGGGAACAGGUAGUGGAUAUUUUGAGAUUGUGUUCAUGUUCAUGCUCGUUAGGUGGGGAGAGGAGGGCCAAGAAGAUGCAGGUUGUGGUGCAUGUGGGUGAUAUGUGUCGGUGGAGGGAGAUUUGGGGUUUGAUAGGGGAAUUUGUAGGGGGAGGGAAAGAGGUGGUUAGGGUUUGGGAUGAGAGUGUAUUGCGUCAGACGGUGGUGCUUUGGCCGUGGAGAGUUGCGGAUUGGGUGAGGUUGGGGGCUAAUACUUGA